AUGUCGUGCCACCUCACCGCGUCACCGCUAGCAGCACCAUUACUGCCAACACCACCAUUACUGCCAACACCACCAAAAUCUCAACCACCAAGUCCUAAACCAACUCCACCUUCACCUUCUUCCCCACCACCACAAAUGUACUCACCUCUACCACCACCAUACUCGCCUACGCCACCAAUCUCCUCCCCACCUCUGACAUCUAAAUUCCCACCUCCUCUACCUGCAGUACAAUCAACACCACCAAAAUCAGCUCGAACCAGGGUGAUUAAUCGGACCAGAAGUUGCAACCACAUUGGAAACAAAAAGCAACUCCUUCAAAAUCCGACGUCCGAUCUCGCGCCAUUUCUCAGAUCCAAUUUCCCGAAUUUCAAGAGAGCUACUAUGGGAGUGGACACUCAAGGUUGGAGUUUGGAAUUAAACUAUGACCAAUGGGUAGCACUCCCUGUAUCUGGUCAGCGGCCUGCUUCUCGUUACAAGCAUGCUGCAGCUGUUGUUGAUGACAAGUUAUACAUCACUGGCGGAAGUCGUAAUGGUCGAUACUUAUCUGAUGUUCAGGUUUUUGAUCUCAAAAACUUGACAUGGUCGACCAUGAAAAUGAACACAGAAGCAACUAGUGUGAAAGUCAAAGAUGGUACACAACUUGAUGUUUUUCCAGCGACUGCUGGUCACAGUGUGAUUAAAUCGGGAAAUAGACUACUUCUUCUUGCUGGUCUAUCGAAGAAUGCUUCUGAAAACGUAACGGUGCGGUUCAUUGAUCUUGAAUCAAACAGUUGUGGUGUCAUGGAAACUUACGGCAAUGUUCCGGUAGCUCGCAGUGGGCAAUCUGUAACGCUGUUUGGUUCCAAACUUAUUAUGUUUGGCGGAGAAGACAGGAAUAGACGGCUGCUGAAUGAUGUCCAUGUUCUUGACCUGGCAACAAUGUCAUGGAGUGCUGUUAAGACUACGCGGACAUCUCCAACACCCAGAUUUGAUCACACAGCUGCAGUGAAUGCUGAGCGCUACCUCCUCAUUUUUGGUGGAUGUUCUCAUUCAAUUUUUUACAAUGACCUGCAUGUGUUAGACCUGGAAACAAUGGAGUGGUCCCAACCUCAAAUUCAGGGUGAUUUGGCGACUCCAAGGGCUGGUCAUGCUGGUGUUGUAAUAGAUGGAGAUUGGUUUAUAGUUGGUGGUGGAGAUAAUAAAAGCGGUGCCUUGGAAACCCUUGUGAUAAAUAUGUCUAAGCUAGCUGUAUCCAAGUUGACUAGUGUGAAGGAAAGAGAUCCACUAGCUAGUGAGGGAAUCAGUGUUUCCUCAGCAUUGCUAGAUGGUGAGAAGUUUUUGGUUACAUUUGGUGGCUACAAUGGGAAAUAUUACAAUGAGGUAUUUGUAAUGAGGCCAAAACCAAAGGACUCUUUACAUCCCAAGAUAUUUCUAUCCCCAGCAGCUGCGGCGGCUGCGGCUUCUGUUACUGCCGCAUACGCCUUGACAAAAUCUGAGAAGUUAGACUUCCCCGAGAAAGAAGAUCCAAAUUUUAAGGUAAUUCCAGUGGAUACCUCUAAGCAGGAUCAUUCAGUUGCGAUUAAUUCAAUCAGAGAAGAAAAGAAGGUUGCAGAAACAUCACUUGUGGAAGUUAUGGCAGAGAACUCUACUCUCAAGGCUAAGAUUGAAGAAACAAACACAAAUUAUGCCGAGCUAUCCAAGGAACUACAUUCGGUUCAAGCUCAACUUGCAGCAGAGAGAUCAAGAUGUGCUAAAUUGGAGGCACAAAUAGCAGAGGUACAGAAGAUGUUGGAGUCAAUGCCAGCAAUAGAAGAAGAGGUUCAGGCACUUAGGAGAGAAAAAUCUGCUUUUGAACGUGAAAUGGAGCUCGCUUCAACUGUCCAGAGACAGCGUUCUGGUGGCAUUUGGAAGUGGGUCGCUGGCUAG